CGCACCCGGGCCACCAUAUCGCUUGCCGCUCUACGCCGCCGCCUGCCUCGCCCUUCGUGCCGUCUACGAAGUCGCCACUUCUCAGCCAACAUGCCUCCGCACCGCCAGCACUCGGCCGACUUCCAGCUUCAAUUCGACCUGCUCGACGACGGCGAGAACAGAGCCCCCAGUGUCGCUCAGCAACUGCCGCCCGUGGCCGAAGGAUGCUCCAGACUGUACCUAUGUCGACACGGCCAGACAGACUACAACAUGCAGCGCAAGCUUCAAGGUCGCGGCGUUAACAUGCCGCUGAACGCCGAGGGUCUGGAGCAGGCCAAGAGCCUGGCCAAGGCCAUGAAGGACGUGCCGCUCACGGCAAUCUACAGCAGCGCGCUCAAGCGCGCCUUCCAGACCGCGGACACCGUGGCGCAGCUCCACCCGAAGAUCGAGGUGCAGUCGUUCGGCGAGGUGGAGGAGAUGAACUUUGGGCAGCUGGAAGGCCACCCCAUGGAGAUGCACGAGGACCAGAUCAACACCAUGUUCAAGAGGUGGGAGCAGGGCGAGUUCAACGCCGCGUGGCCCGGAGGCGAGAGUCCGCUGGACGUUGUGGCGCGCGGCGUCUCCAAGAUCACGGAGGUGGUGAGCAACACGCCGCCCAAGGAGCAGGUGCUGAUGGUCACGCACGGCCGCUUCAACAAGAUCGUGCUGGCUCAGAUGCUGCACGGCGAGCUGAACCGCAUGACCGAGAUCCACCAGGACAACACGUGCGUCAAUGUCAUCGACUUCGACCACGCGACGCAGACGUACCACGCCAUGGCGCUCAACAACAUCAACCACUUGCCCGGCAAGCCCGGCCCUGGGGGCAUCGUAGCUGCCGAGUACUUGUCGCGGGACCCAAACGUGUCUGUACUGAUCCUGGAAGCCGGGCCCAAGUCCAUGGCAGCUACAGGCGGCACCGAUGCACCCGACUACGCCAAGGGGAGUGGCCUGACCAAGUUUGACAUUCCCGGCCAGUACGACCUCAUCAUGUACAACCCGGACAACGAGCAGUACCGCGUCGAGUGGAUCUCGGACGCCUACAUGUGGCUCGGCAAGACCGUGGGCGGGUGUUCGUCCAUCAACUCGGCGACUUACUUCCGUCCGCCUGAUGUGUACACGAACCAGUCGCAGUGGCCAUUCCCAGCGUCUCAGAUGAACGCCAAGAUGGACGAGAACGAGAAGAUGCACGGCCACACGGACGUUCCUUCUCCUGAUGGGAAAUGGUACACUCAAGAAGGCUACUCCCUCGUCUCCAAGGCGCUGCAGUCACUGGGUUACUCGGAACGAAAGCUCAACGACCCUGACGCUCGAAACAACAAGCACAAGACCUUCGGUCACCCUCCCUUCACGAUUAGGAAUGGACAGCGUGAUUCCCCAGCUGCCGCAUUUUGGGGACCGAUGAACAGUCGAAGCAACGUUGUGCUGCUAACCGAAGCCAAAGUCGACUACUUGGUGCGUGACAAGAAUGGGAAAGCUACUGGAGUGGUCUACAACGGAGAGUACGAGGUGCGCGUAAGCGCGCGUGGUGCGGUCUUGAUGGCGGCUGGUGCUCUUGGAACGCCCAAGGUGUUAAUCCAGAGCGGAGUCGGUCCAAACUCUCAGCUUGACCUGCUUGAAAUGGUCGGUGGCUUCAAUGGCAUUGCUCAGGGCGCUGGGCGAGUGUCAAACCCCAACGUUGGGCGCAACUUGUUCGACGCGAACCUCAUGUACGUGUCGUUCUCGCACCCAGAGAUGAAAUCCUUCAUCUUCGACAACACGCCUCCAGAGGCCAUUGACCAGUACAUGAACCAAAGUCACACCGGACCUUGGGCCGGUGCAGGCCCGACACUUAUCAGCUACGAGAGCUACGACGUUCAAGGCCGUACGUACGAUUUCCAGUCAAAUGUCCUCACGCACGGCUUUGGUGAACUUGGCCAGAAAGAGAACGCCUUCACGAUUGCAAUGUACGUGACAAACCCUGAAUCUCGAGCGCACCCUGGGUUCGACGGCAACGGAGACUGGCGCGCUUUCAACGAGGGGGACGCUUACUUCGGCACACCUCGCGACCUUGCAGCGAUGCAGUCGUACGUCCAGAAAAUGGUCCACGUCCUCGAAGACCAGGGAGCGACUUUCAUCUCCGACACCGGAUCGGAUCCGGCCGCCAUUGCCGACUUUGUUGCGUCCACCGACAGCUACAUCUCCUACUUCUUCGGCGGCACCUGCUACGCGUCAAGUGAUGCCAGCGACAUGGAACGCUGCGCGGAUGAAAAGCUGCGUGUCGUGGGUCUCAAGAACGUGUUUGUCGCCGACGCCAGUGCCAUGAAGGAGAGCACAGUGAAUCCGUACGGGUUCGUCAUGUACAUUGGCCGUGAGGCUGCUGACCAGGCGCAGAGCUACAUUGCGUCAAAUGAAGGCAGUAUCGACGACACUUGCUCGACUCUGGAAAAGGAUUUGGACUUCCAGGGUGAGGACAUUGGCAAGUCGUACAGCUCCUCUGCGGACGGAUGCCGCUCAAUCUGCUUCAGCAUGAAUGGCUGCGUUGCGUUUACGUGGACCAACGACAACAGCGGGACGUGCUGGCUCAAGAGCGGCAAAGGAACGAUCACAACCAAGAGUGGUGCGGUGUCGGGAGCGCUCAAGUCCGCUUCAAGCUGCCCUGCGCUGGAAGACGACGUAGCGGAGCCUCACGGUGUCUCGAUGGCUGUCAAGUCUUCUGAUAAGUGCUGUGCCGUUUGCAAGGCCACUGGAGGAUGCAAGGCCUUCACGUGGAAGGAGCAGAAGGGAGGCACGUGCUGGCUCAAGGGCGGCAAGGAGAACAAGAACAAGGAGUAA